UUCCCUGCCGCGGUUGUCUGGGAGUGCCUGAAGAGGAGCCCUGGCUGGGUCCCGGUGGGUGCCUUGAAAUGGGGACAGAGCAGGGGCUACGGGCACAGGGACAUCCAAGGCAUGGUGCCACUCACCACCUGCUCCUGCCUCCCUGAGGGUGAGGUCAGCCCUUGCCAGCCUCUCCAGGCUGCUGCCCCCCCACCCCGCCAGGGCAAAGAGGGGGUUCCAACACCCCCUGUGCAAUCCAUGCACGUGUGCAUGCCUGUGUGUGCAUGUUGCUCGCCCAUUUAGCCAAGGGUUAAAGCAGACUUCACAUCGCAGAGCAAACACAGCCUCCCUAGAAGCACUGAAUUACGGGCUGGGUCUGGUUCUCUCUGUGCGUUCUCAGUGCAAGCUCAGCUGGGCCCCGGGGGCUUUCUCUUGGUGGUGGCACAUGGCCAGCUUUGUUCUGCCCAGGGGCACGGAGAAGUGCGGCUCCGCUCAGUCCCCCGCCAGGCACCAGGGCUCUGGCUCUUGGGCUUCAUGUGACCCAAGCCCUGAAGAGUCCAUGGGCGCGUGGGUCCCCAGCUCUGUGCCGGGUAGUUUCCAGCUGGCGUUGGCGGCUUGGAUGCGGUAAAACACAGAGAGCAGCAUGUCAGAGACCUUGAAUUUCAGUCCCCCAAAAUGGCAGGAACCUGAUUUGCCAAAUGCCAAACGGGCCCUGCCCAAACAGCCUCUCUGUCCACAAAGAACUGCUGGGGAAGGGGUCGUCUUGUUCUAGGUUAGAAGAUGUAUCUGUUCAUAGGAUGACCCUGGGCUGAAAGUGUUACAAGCACCUGCUUGUGGCAUGCCGUUCGACACCUCCUGUGACUCACCCAAGAGCUGGCUGCAUCUUGGUUGAGGUUUUGCAUCUCCCAGAAGCCUGGAAAUGGGGAGAUCAGUCACAGAGGGGGGAAAAAUCAACCAAAAAUGAGUAUUUCUUGGUGUGUAGCCAGAAGCCACUGCAAGGAUGUGGCUGUACCUGGUGGCCCUGCUGGUGCUGUACCUCCUGUGCCGAUGGUACCGGGAGCGGCAGACGGUCAGUAACCUCCCGGACAAACACGUCUUCAUCACGGGCUGCGACUCCGGCUUCGGGCACCUGCUGGCCAAGCAGCUGGACGGGCGGGGGCUGCGGGUGCUGGCGGCGUGUCUGACGGAGCAGGGGGCCGAGCGGCUGCAGCAGGAGACAUCGGGGAGGCUGCAGACGGUGAUCCUGGACGUGACCAAAUCUGACAGCAUUGCCGCAGCUGCUGCUUGGGUGAAGGGGCAGGUGGGGGACCGAGGGCUCUGGGGCCUGGUGAACAACGCCGGCAUCGGGGACCCUGCAGGCCCCAACGAAUUUCUGAGCAAGGCCGACUUCACCAGGGUGCUGGAUGUGAACCUGGUGGGGCUGAUCGAGGUGACGCUGAGCCUGCUGCCCCUGGUGCGCAGAGCCCAGGGCCGCGUCGUCAAUGUGGCCAGCGCAGCGGGCCGACUGUCCCUAAUUGGAGGCGGUUACUGCCCUUCCAAGUACGGCGUGGAGGCCUUCUCCGACAGCCUGAGGCGCGAGCUCCGUGAUUUCAGAGUCAAGGUCUCCAUCAUCGAGCCGGGCGGCUUCCGAACACCCCUUAUAGAUGUGCAGCGUGUCCAAAAGAGCCUGGAGCAGGUGUGGAGCUGUGCCUCUGCCAACGUCAAGGAGGCCUAUGGGCAGCAGUACUUUGACCGCCACUUUGAGAAGUUCAAGGAGCUCCUUUUCACGACCAGCCCCAAGCUCCACUUGGUCACCGACGCCAUGGAGCACGCGCUGACGGCCCGGCACCCCCGCACCCGCUAUUCCUGCGGCUGGGACGCCAAGCUCUUCUACCUCCCCGUCUCCUACCUGCCAACCUCGUGGACAGACUACCUGCUGGCCCGCAGUAUGCCCAAGCCUGCCCAGGGCAUCUAGGCAGCGACGUUGCCAGAGCUGGAGCCGUGCCGCCGAGAUGCUCUAUGUAGAUCCCCAGCAUCCCAGGGCCUGGCACGCGAUGCUUAAUGACUCUUUUCUAGCUUAUAUCUCACCACAGCGAGGGCUCAGCUCUGGAAUGGAGUGAGCCCCAGAUGGCAGCAGUCCACAUUUCCAAUCACGUAGCAGCCUACAAGCUUUCCAAGGGUGGUGAGUAGCGGUGGGGGGAGUGGUAGGUGUCCUCAUCGUUCACUGUUGCACACCUUGGCUGGCAGGAGGUGUUGGAAGGAGCUGGGAGGUCCAGACAUUGCGGGCUUCUUGUCUCCACAUGGCAGCAUCUUGUGGGCUUUGCUUAGUUAUUAGUGGUCCAGCGGUAUGCUGGAGAAGGGGGGGCCAUUGGCAGGGCCAGAGCAGAAGCUGUUCUUGGUGUAAUAAAGACGCGUUACCCACG